CCCACAGUAAAAACUCUCGUGUAUUCGGCCCCGCUCCCUCUCGUUGAAUAAAGACGAACGAGUAAGAGAGACAGAGAGGCAGAUUUUCUGCAAUUCCUAGGGCUCGAAUCGCCCGCCCGGCAAUUCCUCGCCGAUCAUUUCCCGUGGAAAAUGGCGACGCCAUUGACGGGCCUUCAGCACAGGGACGGAGCUCUCUCCCUAAUGGCAGGCCCUGUAAAUUCCGUCGAUUCCUCAUCUUCUUCUCCAUCUCAGAAGCUCUGCUUGAAGAACUCCGCCUUAAAAUCCCCAAUCCUCAUCUUCCUUUUCUUUCACAAGGCCAUCCGGUCUGAGCUCGAACGCCUCCACCGGGCCGCCCUUGCGUUCGCCACCGACUGCUCCAACGGCGACAUCCGUCCGUUGUUCGACCGCUACCAUUUCCUUCGUUUGAUCUACAAGCACCACUGCAAUGCCGAGGACGAGGUUAUCUUUCCAGCUCUUGAUAUACGCGUGAAGAAUGUAGCACGGACAUAUUCACUUGAGCACAAGGGGGAAAGUGAGCUUUUUGAUCAGCUGUUUGAAUUGCUCAAUUCAAACGUGCAAAAUGAUGACAGCUUUCGGAGAGAGCUAGCGUCUUGUACAGGAGCCAUUCAAACAUCAGUUAGCCAGCACAUGUCCAAGGAAGAGGAGCAGGUCUUCCCCUUGCUUGUCGACAAGUUUACAUUCGAAGAGCAGGCUGCAUUGGUCUGGCAGUUUUUGUGCAGCAUCCCUGUGAAUAUGAUGGCAGAGUUUCUUCCAUGGCUUUCAUCAUCUAUUUCACCUGAUGAGCAUCAGGAUAUGCUGAAAUGUUUGCGCAAGGUAGUCCCAGAAGAAAAGCUUCUUCAACAGGUUAUAUUCACCUGGAUGGAGCGGAGAAAUACAGCCAGUAUUGGUAGAAGUUGUGAUGGUGAUUCUCAGAUCCAAUGCUGUAUAGAUUCUGAGGCUGGAAAAUUAAGAGAUCAAACUAAAAAAGGGCACUGUGCAUGUGAAUCUUCAAAAUUUGGUAAAAGAAAACAGGUAGAUUCAGACUGCAAUACUGCUGCUUCAAUUGGAGGGCAGCCAAUAAAUGAAAUACUGCAUUGGCAUAGUGCUAUAAGAAGAGAAUUGAAGGACAUAGCUGAAGAGGCAAGGAAGAUACAGCUUUCAGGAGAUUUCUCUGAUCUAUCAGCCUUCAAUGAGAGACUGCAAUUUAUCGCUGAAGUAUGCAUCUUUCACAGUAUUGCUGAGGACAAGGUCAUAUUCCCUGCAGUAGAUAAGGAACUCUCUUUUGCUCAGGAGCAUGCCGAAGAAGAGAGCCAAUUUAACAAUUUUAGGUGCUUGAUAGAGAGCAUUCAAAGUGCUGGAGCCAAUUCAUCUUCUGCUGAAUUUUAUACAAAGCUUUGCUCACAUGCUGAUCAAAUAAUGGACACUAUACGGAAGCACUUCCACAACGAGGAAGUUCAGGUUCUUCCUCUUGCCCGAGAGCAUUUCAGUCUAGAAAAACAGCGAGAACUUCUGUAUGAGAGCUUGUGUGUGAUGCCAUUGAAACUGGUCGAACGUGUCUUACCGUGGCUGGUAGGAUCACUAAGCGAAGAAGAAGCGAGGUCAUUUCUUCAGAAUAUGCAUUUGGCAGCUCCAACAUCUGACACUGCACUGGUCACACUUUUCUCUGGUUGGGCAUGUAAAGGUCGUCCCCAAAACGUCUCCAAAUCAGGAAGAUUCAUAUGUUUGUCUUCAAGUGCAAUCGGUGGCUGUCCAGUGAAAAGAAUGAAUGAUAUUGAAAAAGAUUCUAGCCAACCAUUCUGUGCUUGUGCUUCUCAAUUGAAUACCAAGGGAGAAUCUUCACCUGUGCAACAAGAUGAUGACAAAAGGCCAGUUAAGCGUGUCAACUUCUCAGGAUCGUGUGAAAAUAUUGAUGCUUGUAAUGAGUCAGAAACUGUAAAGAACCAAAAAAUGUCUUGUUGCAAUCAGCGCUGUUGUGUCCCAGGUUUAGGGGUGAACAGCAAUAAUUUGGGAAUAAACUCACUUGCCACUACGAAGUCUCUACGUUCCUUGUCUUACAGCUCUUCUUCUGCACCUUCUCUAAAUUCCAGCCUCUUUAUCUGGGAAACAGAUGGUAGCUCUUCUGACAUUGGCCACACACCAAGGCCGAUUGACAACAUAUUCAAAUUUCAUAAAGCCAUCCGUAAAGACUUGGAAUAUUUGGAUGUCGAGUCUGGAAAACUUACGGGUUGUGAUGAGACAUUUCUUCGACAGUUCAGUGGUAGAUUUCGGCUGUUGUGGGGCCUAUAUAGAGCCCACAGUAAUGCUGAGGAUGAGAUUGUUUUUCCAGCUUUAGAAUCCAAAGAGGCUCUUCAUAAUGUGAGCCACUCUUACACACUAGAUCACAAGCAGGAGGAGAAACUAUUUGAAGAUAUCUCAAUAGUUCUUUCCGAGCUUUCUCAGCUGCAUGAAGAUCUGAGCAGAAUCAAUCAAUCUGCUGGUGCUACUGGAAGUGGGUUUAGUUCUUCUGAUGGUCAUAGUCAUGAUCAGGUAAGGAAGUACAAUGAGCUUGCAACAAAGCUUCAAGGCAUGUGUAAAUCCAUACGUGUCACACUUGAUCAGCAUGUUUUCCGGGAAGAACUUGAGCUGUGGCCAUUGUUUGACAGCCAUUUUUCAGUGGAGGAACAGGACAAAAUUGUUGGCCGUAUAAUUGGGACUACGGGGGCAGAAGUGCUCCAAUCGAUGCUACCAUGGGUAACUUCUGUGCUUACUCACGAGGAGCAGAACAAAAUGAUGGACACUUGGAGGAAGGCAACCAAAAACACAAUGUUCAGUGAGUGGCUGAAUGAGUGGUGGGAAGGGACUCCUGUGGCAUCUUUACAGAAUGCAACGGAGAGCAGUAUUUCCCCUGAAGCUAUGGAUAUCCAAGAAAGUCUGGACCAGAGCGAUCAGAUGUUUAAGCCUGGCUGGAAGGAUAUUUUUCGGAUGAAUCAGAAUGAGCUAGAAUCAGAGAUAAGAAAGGUUUCUCGAGACUCAACACUCGAUCCACGGAGAAAGGCGUAUCUGAUUCAAAAUCUUAUGACCAGUCGCUGGAUAGCAGCUCAACAGAAGUUGCCUCAAGCAAGAACGGAAGAAACUACAAAUGGUGAAGAAGUACCUGGAUGCUCUCCAUCAUUUCGAGAUCCAGAGAAGCAAGUGUUUGGUUGUGAGCAUUACAAAAGAAAUUGCAAACUCCUUGCUGCUUGCUGUAACAAGUUAUUCGCAUGCAGGUUCUGUCAUGAUAAAGUCAGUGAUCACUCAAUGGAUAGGAAAGCAACACUAGAAAUGAUGUGCAUGCGCUGUUUGAAGAUUCAAGCCGUUGGACCGGUUUGCAAGACCCCUUCUUGUGAGGGAUUUCCAAUGGCAAAAUAUUAUUGCAAUAUCUGCAAAUUUUUUGAUGAUGAAAGGAUGGUAUACCAUUGCCCAUUUUGCAAUUUAUGCCGCCUUGGGAAGGGGCUUGGCAUCGACUUCUUCCAUUGCAUGACAUGCAAUUGUUGCCUAGGAAUGAAGUUAGUGGAGCACAAAUGCCGAGAGAAGGGACUUGAGACAAACUGCCCCAUAUGUUGUGAUUUUUUAUUCACAUCAAGUGCAGCAGUCAGAGCCCUUCCUUGUGGCCAUUUCAUGCAUUCAGCCUGCUUUCAGGCAUACACUUGCAGUCACUACACGUGCCCGAUAUGCAGCAAAUCCUUGGGAGAUAUGGCGGUUUACUUCGGUAUGCUGGACGCCUUGUUAGCUGCUGAAGAGCUCCCGGAAGAAUACAGGGACCGUUGUCAGGAUAUACUCUGCAACGACUGCGAUAAGAAGGGGACAUCCCGGUUCCACUGGUUGUACCAUAAAUGUGGUUUUUGUGGUUCCUACAAUACCCGGGUCAUCAAGACUGAGACGGUCAAUUCCAUGUGUUCCACAUCGAACUAGCACAUGUUGAUUCAGGUGUGUAAAUAUUCAUGGCCUAGCAUUUUGUAAGUAGCUCAAUGCCAACGGCUACAGGCAAUUCAUUUUUUCCUCUAGUUUUGUUGAUGGCGGUGAGUGUAGUAUAGCAACAUGAGAGAGAUGUAAUCAUCAUCAAACCUGCUGUCCACUCAACCCGCCUUCAGAUAUUCCAUCUGUUGCAUCCAUCAAUCCAGGGUCAGGUCAAACCCCGGAAGGCAAUCAUUUUGUCGGUGAGAAAUAGUGGAUUCUUUAAUCACCCCUAUUGCUCCUGCGUUCCGUGUUGCAUAUUAUAUUUUGAAAAGAUGGAGGUAUUCUUCCAAUAGUUCAAAAACUCAAACACUCCGCUCGACUCGAUGUCCAGUUGGGUUGGAUCAACUCAAAGGAUCAACUCGACUUGAUAUUCCAUUAUUAAAUUAAUAAGAACAUUUAAGUAAUAAUACCUAUUUAAUAAGCUA